CAACAUUCAUCAUAGAGUUACCAACUCAUAAAGUUCGAGAAUCAGAAGGUAUCAAACGACAUAUCUUUGGUAUCCGUGAAGAAGAGUAUAAUGUCAGCUACAGAUCUAGAUUCAGAACUCCCUUCAAUGAAUUCAGUUCAUGAGGUUAUUGCCAUCACAGGAAUCUCUGGUCGUUUUCCAGAGAGCAACAAUAUCGAUGAAUUCAAGAGGAAACUUUUUGAUGGUGUAGACCUAGUCACAGAGGAUUCACGGAAAUGGCCUUCCGGUAUAAAUGGUUUACCAACACGUUCUGGUAGAAUCAGAGAUCUGCAAUAUUUUGACGCCACGUUCUUCGGAGCUCACUCUAAGCAAGCACACGCUAUGGAUCCCCAGUUGAGAAUGCUCCUAGAAUCAACAUAUGAAGCUAUUGUAGAUGCAGGUGUCAAUCCCACUGAUAUAAGAGGUUCGAAAACAGGAGUAUUCAUCGGAGUAUGUACUACUGAAACAUUUGAUUAUAUGAAUAUGAAUCCAGAUACAAUGAAUGGUUACAGUGUAACAGGAUGCUGCAGACCGAUGCUACCUAAUAGAAUAUCUUAUACGUUCGAUUUGAUCGGACCCAGUUGCGCUAUAGACUCAUCCUGUUCUAGUAGCCUCAGUGCAUUGCAGCAUGCCGAAACUGCAAUCAGAAAUGGAGACUGUGAGGCAGCGAUAGUGGGCGGAGUGAAUCUCAUUCUCAACCCGACGUAUACUUUACAGUUUCAGAAACUAGGUGUGUUGAGUCCUGAUGGCAAGUGCAAAGCUUUUGAUAUCUCUGCAGAUGGUUAUGUUAGAUCAGAAGCAGUAGUGACUGUAUUUUUACAAAAAGCCAGUGUGGCUAAGAGGAUAUACGCAACUAUAGUUGGUGCUAGAACUAAUACUGAUGGUUACAAGGCAGAAGGUAUCACAUUUCCUUCUGGAGCGAUGCAGAAAAAACUCAUCGGUGAGUUUUAUGACGAAAUCGGUAUAAAUCCACUGGAAGUUUCUUACAUAGAAGCUCACGGUACUGGUACCAGAGUAGGAGACCCUCAAGAAGUCAACUCCAUCGCCGAUUUCUUUUGCAAAAAUCGGAAAGAUCCUCUACUGAUUGGUUCAUUGAAGUCUAAUAUGGGUCAUUCGGAACCAGCCUCUGGUCUGUGCUCUUUAGUAAAAAUCGUGAUAGCCAUGGAAUCAGGAAUGAUACCUCAGAAUCUCCAUUUCCAAAUAGCUAACCCAGACAUACCUGCAUUGAAUGAUGGGCGCCUGAAGGUUGUAACAGAAAAUGUACCUUGGAAUGGAGGUUUGAUCGCUGUCAAUUCCUUAGGAUUUGGUGGUACUAAUGUUCAUGUUGUUUUGCGCUCUAAUCCUAAGGUGAAACAAACUUCGCAUAUGUUACAGAUACCACGUCUAGUGGGUGUUUCAGGCAGAACUGAACAAGCCGUGGAAUAUUUCCUCUUGAACAUAGAAAGGAACAAGCAGGACGAAGAGUUUUUAGUACUCCUGGAUGAAAUCCAUAGAAAGAAUGUGAACGGACAUGAUUUCAGAGGUUACACUGUAUUGAAUGAUCAACCUAUCCCUGAAAUAAUCAGGAUUUCACCUGAAAAGAGGGCAAUUGUAUUCGUUUAUCCUGGAGUAGGCGCACAAUGGCCUGGAAUGGCAAAAGAGUUGAUGAAGUUAGAUUGUUUCAGAAAUUCAGUUCGGAAGUGUGCAGAUGUCUUGAAGCAGCACGGUAUAGAUUUGGAAAACGUUUUGACCAAUGAAGCUGAAACAAUAUUAGACAAUAUCGUGAAUUCAUUCAUAUCCAUAACUGCAAUGCAUGUGGCGUUAACUGAUGUUCUGAAUAUUGUUGGAGUUGAACCAGAUAUGAUAAUUGGUCACUCGGUUGGUGAAAUCGGUUGUGCAUAUGCUGAUGGUACAUUGACAAGAGAACAAGCCAUUCUGGCAGCCUACGCUAGAGGUCAUGCUAUUUUGGAAUCCGAAAUACCUACAGGUGCUAUGGCAGCAGUUGGACUCUCUUUAGAAGAAACGAGGAAAAGGUGUCCUCCUGAGAUAUUUCCCGCCUGUCACAACAGUGAUGACAGCGUUACUAUCUCUGGGCCACAAGAGUCAAUCGAGAAAUUCAUCGAGGAGCUACACAAGGAUGGUAUUUUUGCUAAGAAAAUAAAAACAUCAGGUAUAGCAUUCCAUAGCAAGUACAUUGCUGAAGCUGGUCCGAACCUGCGACAAGCUCUAGACGUGAUCAUACCAAGUCCUAGACCUAGAUCUUCAAAGUGGAUUUCUUCUUCUAUUCCGGAGACAGAAUGGGGAUCUUCAUUGGCAAAAUACAGUUCCUCAGCUUAUUUCGUCAACAAUUUUAUAUCUCCUGUUUUAUUCAAUGAAGCAUUGAAAUACGUUCCUGUUAAUGCUAUUGUAAUUGAAAUUGAUUCUAAUGGACUGCUUCAAUCUAUCCUGAAGAGGAAAUUGGGAACCGGAGCAACGAUUAUAAAUCUAGUCAAGAGAAAUAACAUCGACAAAAUAUCUUCGUUGCUGUCUGCCAUUGGGAAAAUAUACAUCGCUGGUGCUCAACCAGAGUUUGGUAAAUUGUACCCUUCUGUUGAAUUUCCUGUUGGUAGAGGAACUCAAAUGAUCAACUCCAUGAUCGAGUGGGAUCAUUCAAUUGAAUGGAGUGUGGCUGAUUUUUCAGCAGAAAGGAAUCGUUUUAAAGAACUCGUUAUUGAAGUAGACUUGAGUAACGAAUUGACUAAAUACUUAUCUGGUAAUGUCGUUGAUGGAAAAAUUGUUUUUCCAGUUUCAGGAUAUUUGGUUAUAGUAUGGAAAUCAUUUGCCAAAUUGAAAAACAUGGAUUUCCAGAAAUUACCAGUUGUAUUCACAGAUGUUCAUUUCCACAGAACCAUAAUUAUAUCUGAUAAAAAUUCCGUGAGAUUUCUCAUCAAUAUUCUUGAAGGAACUGGAGGAUUCGAAGUUUGUGAAAAUGGGUCAGUCGUUGCAUCUGGUAAAAUUUCUGUACCAGAAGAUGCGUCUACGGAAUCUAUGGUUCUACCUGAACUAAAUAAUACAUCAGAAGAAGAAAAAGUGCUGCGUUUAACUUCUAAUGAUAUCUACAAAGAAUUGAGAUUACGUGGAUAUGACUAUAGGGGUAUUUUCAAAGGUAUAAUUGAAUCGGAUGGUUUAGGAUUGAGAGGAACACUUGCAUGGAAGAAUAACUGGACCACCUUCAUCGAUACCAUGUUGCAAUUCUCCAGUCUUAGAAAAAAUUCUAGGGACUUAUACGUCAUCACUCGGCUACAGAGACUUUCAAUAAAUCCUAAUAAACAUUUGGAAUUCAUUCAGAAACUUCGUGAUGGGGAAAAUAUUCCAAUAGAUAUGUUUCAGAACAUGGGCGUUGUGAAGUCAGUGGGUAUUGAAAUAUACGGAAUUAUAUCGAAUCAAGCACCAUGUCGUCGCCAAGACCGACCACCACCAAAACUAGAGACGUAUCAGUUCGUGCCAUAUGACAACACUCCCACUCCCAUUAUUGACCCUGAGGAAGCUAAGCAACAAGCACUCCUUGUACUUCUACAAAUUGUUAUAGAAAACAGUCCCAAUGCACUCACAUUGAAUGUUACUGAAUUAUUUACAGACAAACCGAUAGAAGCGGUCUUAGCUCCAAUAAUCAAAGGCUUAAUCGAAAAUGAGCCAAUGAUGUCAACAGAAGUAACCGUAGUAACAACAGAGUCGGUUGAUGCAUCGAUUCUAGAUGUAAAUAAUAUCAAACAUGAAAAACGAGAUAUAAAUAAAUAUUCAAUCGCCGACGAUGCACAUCUGAUUGUUACAAGUGAUAUUUUUGAUAAUAAUAAUUAUGAAAUUAUUCUGAAAAAUGCUAUUGCCUCUAUCAGAAUUGGAGGUUUUAUAUUAGUAGAAGAAAUCAGGGGUCCUAUUGAUAUCAAAAAGUUAGGUGGUUUGGAGAUCAUCAGCAAACAAUUGACCAAAGAAAAAAUGUAUAUACUCCUACGAAGGCCUAUUUCACUACCAACAGAUAGUGGAGUCAUCCAGAUUACUGAUUCAAACUUCACAUGGAUUGAACCACUUAAGGAACUAAUGUUGCAAGCAGAAAACGACAAUCGUAAGGUUUAUAUUUAUGUCGAUGGAGAAGAAAUCUCUGGUAUUAUUGGAAUGGUCAAUUGUUUGAGACUUGAACCUGGAGGUUCUAAUCUGAGAUGCGUAUUCAUAAGAGAUACGAAUGCACCCAAAUUCAGCAUUUCCAGAUAUGAAAGUCACCUAAAAAAGGACCUAGUUCAUAAUGUACUGAGGAACAAUACUUGGGGAUCCUUUCGGCAUCUACCUGUGAAGGACAUCAAAAAUAGUGAAAAGUUCCAAGUUGAACAUGUUUAUAUUGAUACAUUGAUCAAAGGUGACCUUGCAAGUUUGAAAUGGAUUGAGGGACCUCUCGGAAAUCAAAAGUAUGAAUAUUUGCACCCUGAUUUCUGCUACAUAUAUUACGCAGCCCUGAAUUACCGUGAUGUCAUGCUGGCCACAAGAAAAAUACCAUUAGACGUUAUUCAAGAAAAUGUAGCUGUUCAGAACUAUAAUUUGGGCGUUGAGUUUUCUGGGAGAGAUACCAGUGGCAAGAAGGUGAUGGGAAUUGUGGACGGAAAGGCUCUGGCAACAAUGGUUCUGGCGAAUUCCGGCUUCUUAUGGGAGGUGCCUGAGAAGUGGAGUCUCAAAGACGCAGCGACAAUUCCUCUUGUUUAUGCAACAAGUUAUUACGCCCUCAUAGUCAGAGGUGGUCUGAAACCUGGUGAAUCUGUACUAGUUCAUGCUGGAACCAGUGGGGUGGGUCAAGCCUCCAUAACCAUUGCUCUCCAAAUGGGUUGCACAGUCUUCACUACAGUUAGUAGCCAAGUAGAACGAGAUUUUCUCAGAAAAUCAUUUUCCCAACUCAGAGACAAAAAUAUUGGUGACUCGAGAGAUAUCAGCUUUGAACAGAUGGUCAAGAUCCAAACUAAUGGCCGAGGUGUUGAUUGUGUUUUGAACUCUCUGGUUGCUCAUCAGUUACAAGCGUCAGUCAGAUGCUUGGCUGUUGGUGGAAGAUUUUUAGAAAUCGGAAGGGCAGAUAUGUUUGAUGCUUAUCCACUUCGUAUAAGCAUGUUAUCGAAGAAUAUAACAUUCCAUGGUAUUGACUUAAACUCAUUAUUAUACUGCGAUAGCACUGAAAAGCGACACGUCAAAACUUUGGUUACCGAUGGUAUAAAAAAUGGAAUUGUUCAACCACUUUGCACGACAAUAUUCAAAACACAGCAAGUCGAAGAAGCUUUCAGAUUCAUGACAACACAAAAAUAUAUUGGUAAAGUAUUGAUCCAAAUCAGGAAUGAAGAGAACAUACAAAUUCAACGUCCUCCUCCGAGCAUUGUUUGUGCCAUUCCUCGUACCUACAUGCAUCCAAAGAAAAGUUACGUUUUGGUGGGUGGACUCGGAGGUUUCGGACUCGAAUUAACUAACUGGCUGAUCACUAGAGGAGCUACUAAGAUAGUCCUAUCAUCCAGAACUGGCAUCAGAACUGGUUACCAGUCCCUGUGCAUAAGGAGGUGGAGAAAAAUGGGAAUAGAAGUACAUAUUUCUACAGCUGAUAUAACUGUCUCGGAAGGUGCCAAAAUACUUUUGGAAGAAGCGAUCAAAUUGGGCCCUGUUGGAGGAAUUUUCAACCUAGCAGUAGUUUUGAGAGAUGCCUUAAUGGAAAAUCAGUCAGAAGCCAAUUUUGAGAUCGUUUGUAAGCCGAAAAUUGAUGGAACUAAAUUGCUCGAUGUUGCUUCGAGAAUUCAAGCUCCGCAAUUGGACUAUUUCGUUACAUUCUCGUCUAUCGCUUGUAGUAGAGGAAAUGCUGGACAAUCGAACUAUGGCUUUGCCAAUUCUAGCAUGGAACGCAUAGUUGAAUCUCGUCAAGCUGCUGGUUUCCCUGGUAUGGUCAUACAAUGGGGUGCCAUUGGUGAUGUCGGAAUCUUGAUGGAGACUAUGGGUGGCGAUGAUAUUGUUAUACAGGGUACUUCACCCCAAAGCAUGAGUUCAUGCUUGCAAACGAUUGACGUUUUCUUGCAACAUUCAUAUCCUGUAGUCGGUAGUUUGAUUCUAGCUGAGAAGAAGAGAGUUGAUUAUGGUGAUGAUUGUCAAGUCAAUUUGAAAACUGCUGUUUGUGAUAUUUUGGGGAUCGAUGAUAUUGGUACUGUAUCGCCCCACAUCACUUUAGCUGAUAUAGGUAUGGACUCAUUGAUGGUUAUCGAUAUAAAACAAAUAAUGGAGCGAAAUUAUAACCUUCUUCUCAGUUCUCAAGAAAUACGAGCACUUUCCUUUGCCCGUCUCAUUGAACUGAGUGCCUGCAAUGAAACUCCUGCUAUCCUAUCAACUCCGAAACCACAAAGUGCUAUGUAAUUCUCCUGAAUAAAGUUUCAGAAUAAUUCCAAUGCAUUCAAUCUCC